CGACGAUGGGGUGGUAGGACUGCCGUCAGAGUUCCAUAUCAAAUCAUUCCCGUUCCGAAUGUUAUCAUACAUCAUACAGUUAGUCAGACGUGUGACAAAAAAUCGAAUUGCGCCACAAUAAUUAGCAACAUUCAAAAUCACCACAUGAACGAAUUGGAUUUCGACGACAUCGGAUAUAAUUUUCUUAUUGGUAACGAUGGACUAGUAUACGAGGGUGCUGGAUGGCAUGUAGUUGGUGCACACACCUAUCAUUGGAAUAAGAAAUCGAUUGGCAUUGCGUUUGUCGGUGACUUUUCCUCUGAGCUUCCAUCACUCGCGGCAAUCGAGUCAGCUAAAAAGUUAAUCAAAUGUGGAGUGGAAAAGGGAGAAAUUGUAAGGAGCUACAGCUUAUACGGAGCGAGACAAUUGACUGCAACAGAGUCUCCUGGAAUUGAGCUUUAUGGCGAAAUUCAAGACUGGGAUAACUGGAGAUCGUCAUUAUAAAAAACUUCAGUUAUCUAAUCCAACUUGUUGGUUGAUUCUUCUUAUUCCGGACAAUUGAAAAAAAAAUCAUUGAAAAGUGUCGUCAACAUGAACACCCUGUAAUUAUUUGUAUUAGAAUCUCAGAUUAAUUAAUUCUACACGCAAAAUUGCCAAUGUAGUUAAAUGUUGUUUCUAAAAUCAUAAUCACUCAGUCGACUCAGUACAUUCAAUAAAGCACAAUCUUAAAAACUGGUUUUUAUUUGAGUUACAACUCAAAGAAGAUUUAAUAACCAGCCAACCUUUACCAUGGCACUUGUGAAAAGUAUAUUUGUUUUUCUUGUCUGUGUUACGGCUGCACCAAGGACAUUAGGACAGGCACCACUGAAUUUUACAUCAAAUAUGGUGUACAAUGUGGUUGGCAAUAGUACCCAUUCCGUUGACUUUUUUCAAUAUCGUCGAGCUAAUUCCACCAAGGAUACAUUCGUGAAUCGGACUUUAUCUCAAAUACCAUCAGGCGUGUGCAUUAAAGAAGUUCCAACCGCAUCGUUAAUAGCAGACCCGAGAAAUGGAAUUCCUAUUGGCAAUGGGUCUACACCCGAAAUGAGUCGUAUUCAUGUAUGCUGCGAAGGAUACCAACGAGAUCCCCACAUAUUUCGGAAAUGCAGCCCUAUUUGCAGUCAAGAAUGUGUAAAUGGAAUAUGUGUUGCCCCAAAUCGAUGUCAGUGUUAUCCAGAUCAUGUUCAUAAUUUGGCUGGAUAUUGUGUUGCCACGUGCCCGAUUGGAUGUUACAAUGGUGAAUGCGAUUCGAAUGUAUGCAGAUGCAAACCUGGUUAUCAAUUGGAACCGAAUCGAAGGUUCUGCAUUCCGAAGUGCAGUCAAGGAUGUUUACAUGGAAAUUGCACUGAGCCUGAGGUAUGCACAUGCAAUGCCGGAUUUGAAUUGAUCCAAGGUAAAUGUACGCCCAUUUGCGAGGGUGGUUGUGAUUUUGGAGAAUGUGUGGCACCUGGACAAUGUUCAUGCAUUGCGGGCUAUCAAAAGUCGAACGGUCGAUGUGAGCCAAUUUGUACCAGAGGAUGCAAUAACGGCCAUUGUGUAAGACCUAAUGUCUGCGAAUGCGGUGCUGGGUGGUCCCUAGAUGCCACCGGAAUCAAUUGCGUUCCUGGAUGUAGUCGACCAUGUCUCAACGGUGUAUGUAGUGCAGCCGAUACGUGCGCUUGUCAUAAAGGAUAUGUUUUAGAUCCUGUCGAUCCAUUCAAAUGUAUUGCGUUUUGUGCGAACGGUUGUCCCAAUGGUGUAUGCUCUGCUCCUAAUUUAUGUUUGUGCAAUGUUGGUUUUGUUAAAGAUCGCAGCGUCAAAGGGAGCCAGAACUGUAUACCUCGCCAGUAAACGUUUUUUUACUUUCACUAACUCGGAAAUACAUUUUUAUUUGUUGGUUUCUAAUUUUGCAAUUGUAACCAACAAAGACCAGAGGCAAUAAAUUUGUGAAUUUUUAAAUGA